CCUCCCAGCUACCUUUACUGAAGUUCCCAAAGAUGUGACUGUUAGGGAGGGAGAUGAUAUUGAGAUGCCUUGUGCUUUCCGAGCCAGCGGAUCCACCUCUUACUCCUUGGAAAUCCAGUGGUGGUAUCUUAAAGAACCAGCCAGAGAACUUGCACAUGAAUUAGCCAUCAGUGUCCCCGGCAGCAGGAGCAAGGUAACAAAUAAGGAUGCAACCAAAAUCAGCGGAUGCAGCUGGUCUCGCUGGCAGCCCCGCUCCUGCAGCGCGGCGGGAGCGUGGCACAGUUCCCCCUCUCAGUGUGUCGUGCCUUGGUCGAAACGUUCCUGUCUGUUGCUGGUUUAGCGGUCACGUCUCAUUCCUUGCAAACCAAGAGGAGGUGAUGCUUGCCUUGCAGCCCUUCCUUAGCCACGUUUGGAAAGGACUCUGGGCCAGAAGAGGAGAGGAGUUGGCUUUUUUCCCUGCCCUCCGCAAACCCCACUCGCCUGUGGCGACCCGACUCUCUCCUUGUCCUGCAGGAAACGAGCCCCUUGGCUGCUGCUGCGGGCCCGGGGUUGCCUCUGCCCCGGCUGGGGCUGUUCUCUCUCU